ACAUGUGGGUGUAUUAUAUGUACCGGUAUAGUAGCUUUCCACAGAUCUGAUAGGGGUGUGUUUUUGUGAUAAAUUUACAUGUAAUUACAUGUACACUGUAAACAAGUUAUAACAUUUUUCUGAGGCAGUUUUUGAAAGCCAAUUUUAUCUUAAACAAUUUUGGGUGAUUUUAAUUGUUUCUUGUAUAAGACCAAACUCACCCUAUCAUCAUGCAAGGCUGUGCUCAGAACUGUCUCAAAUUCAUCUUGGUUUUCUUAAACCUUCUCAUCUUUCUCUGCGGUGUUGGCCUGAUAGUAACCGGGACUUUCCUAGCUCUGGGUUUUACUGAUUGGAUUAGGAUCGAAGAUGUAGCCAACCUUCUCCAAAAUGACCUCCUCCGGGUCGGUGCUUACGUCAUCAUCGCUGCUGGCUGCUUUGUCAUUAUCGUUUCUGGAUUCGGCUGUGGGGGCGCCUGUUGUGAGAACAAGUGCAUGCUGGGAGUGUACUUUGUGCUCCUCCUGUUAAUCUUCUGCGCUCAGCUUGCAGCCGGUAUCCUCGCCGCGAUCUACUCGGCCGAAAUCAAGACCUUCGUCACCAAUGAGGGUGUGGAAUUCCUUAAGACUAACUACAACAACACGCAAAAUGGCACCGGUAGUGUCGACACCUACGCUAACGAGCUCGGCACAGCAGCGUGGAAUGCUAUCCAAGAACAGCUCGAGUGCUGUGGUGUGAACGGUAUACAGGACUAUCAGGAGAACCCGUAUGUGAAUUCUGCUGAAAUCACAUCAUGCAUGUCAAGUGAUGGAUCCCUCAGGGAGGGAUGCCAACAGCCUCUCGAAUCAUUGCUUGAGAUGUACUCCACAGUUAUCGGUGCUACUGCCAUCGGUGUAGCCUGUCUGGAGCUCUUCUGUAUGGUCUUCGCCGUUUGUCUGUGCAGAAACGUUGGUCAAGAUGACUAAGAUCAACGGAGUCAAUCUUAUAGUAGUUGAUCUUAAGUAAUACAGGUUGUGAAACCUCAAAAAGGGAGUGCGGAAAAUUUCUAGUGUAACAUUUUUUUUUAUCACCACCAAAAGAUGAUUUGUAAUGGCCAACUUGCUGUCUGGGAUGGUUCGGUACUGUGAGGUCAAAUGUCAUGGGGUCAAAGGUCAUCAUAUCCCAAUGUCAAUUGGUAAUAACGUGAUACUUGUUUUGUGUAUGAAGUCAAGCAGUGUAAUAACUUAUGUUAAAAGUUUGCAAUGAUCGUUGGCGAAGAAUUUGCAAGUACGUUUGGAUAGCCCGUGGGUUGGUAUAUAUCUUGUUCUAGUGACGUAUCGUAGUGUCGUGUGUAACGGAAGAGCGUAAAAGCUCUAAGCGAUGUGAAUGGGCUGAAUGAGUAGAAAGUAAUGAAUUGUAGUACUAUGCUUUAUUUGACUGUUUAAACAGACAGAAAGUUGGUCAUUCUCAAAUUAUUUUGUCACUUUUAAUUAAUUCGCUGCAAUUCUUGCAUAUUUUCUUUUGCCAUGCUGUCAAUUAAGUAAUAAGUGUCGUACCUGUUUAUAUCGUGGCAUUGUUUAACAUCGUGAUUAUAAAAAUAAAGAGUUUUUGUUUGUUUUUAUGAAGUAAUUGAAAUAUUCAGGUAUGUUUUUUUUAAUUACUCACUUCUUGAAAAGUACUGAUUUUUCUGAAUAGUUUUAGUUUUUUACUUAAAAUUUUCCAUUACUACAGCUAUUAGUACUACAAUUGACCUUGUUGCGUCAUGUGUUAUUAUUCCCCGAUUGUAAUUCUCAUUUCACAGGUUUGAAGUCUGUGCAUUUGUCAGAGAAAUGCCUUUAUACUGUAGGUGUAAUGAUACCUUGUGUAAAUUUUGGCUGAAAUUCCAUUUAAAAAAAGUUGAGGCUUUCAGGAACGGGAAACAUUCAAAACAUGCUGAAAAAAUGUUAGAGGCUUUUAAAAUCGAUAAGUAACUUGUACAUUUCUCUGUAAUAUUGUAAAGUGUGGGUUGACUGCGAUUACGAUGCACAUCAGUCGUGCAGUAACAUACAUGUAUCCUUUUAUUGCUGAAAAAUGAGGCUUUAUGUCUUUUACAUGCUGAAAAAAAAAUUUAGGCUAUGACAUGGGUAUGAAACAUUGUUUAUAAAAUUUGGAGGCUAUUAUUAUGCAGAGGUGCAUUAUGCUGAUAUACAUUAAGGUUUCAACAAGAUCAAUAUCAAACUAUUGUUUAUUUGACAGAAUAUGACUGAAAAUACCUGAGGAAAAUAGACUUAAAUGUAUUAAUGAGGCUGAACAUUUUUUUUUAUUAAUAUGGAGGCUUUAAAACAGUUUUAUUGAUACAAAAGAAACUUUUAAUCCCAAAAAAUGAGGGGCGUUGGUUGCAUUGUAAUUCUCAAAUAAAGUUGAAGUACAUAUAUAUGAUAAUAUAUUAUUUUUGUUUUACAGUAUUAGACAUGGAAUAGUACAGAAUGUAUUGAAACGAGGCUGCCCUAUAUAGCUAGGAAUAAAUCUCUAUUCUCAAAUAUAUGGAAGGGAAUAUUGUUAGGAUAUACAUCUAUCUCCAUUCACAUUCAUUCCAGAGUAUGUUGGAGAAAUAAUCAUUCUAUCAUAGUAAAGUUGAAGAAAUACAUGUAUUAGUCAGCGUUUCCUUUGCCUUUACGAGGGUGCAAAAUAUGUCCCAAUGGCGAUUAUUAAAUUAUUUGCUGUAUUCAUAUACAGUAUUUCUGUAUAUUUUCAUUUAUUACAAUUGCUUUUAGCUUCAGUAUGAAAUCUAAAAAGAUGUUGCCACUCCCAUAUGUUCAUUCUUGUUUCUUAUAUUUUUUAUUUUUUUUAAUAUAGGAGCGCAAGGUGGAUAUUUGCGCUACACGAAUCCCCUAUAUUAUUCUGCAGGAAUUAUACUUUCAUCUAUAAAAAAGAAAGAAAUUCUCAAGCACUUUCAUUUUUUAUUUGCACUUUAAUAUGAUAUUUGACAGUACAGAUGAUUAUUCAAGAAGAAGUAGCUAUAUUGUACAAGUAGACUCAGUGCUGUAAUAUAUUCUGCAUUCAAACAUUAUGUAACUAAUAGAUUAUGUGUGUUCAUGUAUUAAGUGUAUUAAUAGAUGUUGUAUGUACAUGUACUAUAUAAGUCACUUUUGGGUGUGUGUAUAAGGGGAAAUCUUGAAGAAAAAUGUAGGCAAAGUCUACUUUCAAAUGAAAUGAUUAAAAACAUAGAUACUUUUUUUCCCAAAAAGAAAUGCUGAACAGGAGCAGUGCGAUUUAUAUACACAGUUUUUCUUUAAAAUGAUUUUGUUUUGUAUUGUUAAGAAAUAAAGAGAUUCCAAGGUCUGAUAUGGUUAUCUAUGAAAAAUCAUGAUUAACUGACCCAUACAUGCAAAAUGGUGUUGGGAAAAAUGAAUCAGAAUGUGAUACAAUGUAUGUGUUCAUCCUCAAUUGAUUUUGAGGAUUGAACACAUCUGUGUGAUUAUCUCUUUAAAACAUGUGUCUCAAUGAUUGAAUUUUGAUAGAUGACUGUCGUCAAAUUUAGCCUGGCUUGUUGAUAAUAGGGAUGCAUCAAAAUGGGGGCACUCUUUACUACUCAUUUAUGGUACCAUAGUGAUGUUUUAAAUUAUUAAUGUAUACAUGUAUAGUCAGGAUCUUUCGAUUCUCCAGGAUAUGUUCAUGUGGAUUUUGUGAAUUAUUGUUUGUAUGGCUACGUAUACUGUAUGCAUGAUGUCGGUAGGUGCUUAUUUUCGUCUGUUUCUAGUUUGUUUGUGCCUUCUUUUCAGUAUAUACCUCUAAUCUCGGAUCAAACAAUCGAUUCUCUUCAAAAGUAAGACCAGAUUAGAGCCGAAAUAGCGUGAAUUUUCAUUGUUUGAAAGCGAACGCGUUUUUGGCACUUAUCGAAUAGUAUCUCAAUCCAUGAGUAUACAUGAAUGAGUUUUCAUGUCACUAUAUGAAACUCUGUAUAGAGCCAUAAAUGACAAACAAACAAAUUGGUUUUACAAUUAGAAUUAAAGUGUCACAUGACUAGCUUCUGUCAUGUGAUUAAGGUCUAAAGUCAUGUGACUCAAGUGAGGAAAAAAAAAACAUGUUUAUCUUUUUAUAUUACCCAGGAUGUACACAUUUCAUAUCAGAUAUUUGGAAUUCUAUUUUUUAAGGCAACAGAAAAAUAUUCAAGAAAGAACUUUGAAAAAAAGAGAAGAAUCCCAUGUACUGAUUUCUAAUUAAUGUAUAGCAUAUGAGAAAAUUUGGGGGAGAUAUGUUUUAAAUUAUUUCUGCGAUAUUUAGAGGCGGAGUCACCCGAGAUUCACAACGCACAGCUUUUACUCUCAGAUACAUGUAGUUUGCUAUUCAAGUUUAUCCUGCUAAAAAUCCCCAAACCAAAAUUAUCAAAUUGAUUAGUGGCUCUGUGAAAAAAAAAGCAUAUUGCCUAGGCUAGAGAAUAAAUAAUACUUAUUGAUUGACCAAUAUCAAACAAUUAUGAAUACAUGUAAAGCGAAUGAGGUAUCAAGGGUAUUCUGGCGGGCCAGAUUUACUACUGAAAAUAAGCACAAAUUCAUUCAUUUUUCUCAUUUUUUUUUAAUGAGCAAUUCCACUCUAAUUCCCCAUUAGAGAGUGGCUAUACACCCUGUGUGUGAUAGUAGAAAUUAUACCACUCUUUAAGAGGUCAUCUCGGUUGGUUGUUAGAGUGAGAGAUUGCUCUGACUUUUCUAUUCGUAAAAAAACAACUCAAUGUUUGAGCCCUUGUAAACUUCAAACCCGAGCUUUAAUUCUGAAAUAAGAAGAAUAGAACAAAUUUGUAAUUCUACACCUGUUUCAAACCUUGAAAUCAACAGCCUUUGAACUUUCAACUAUGACCUUUGAACUUUGUGACUUAUAUGGGUGACCUUUCACCCCUUUAGUCUCUUAACUUUAUACAACAGAAUCCCAAUUCCUCAGCAAACAGUCAUAGAUUGUUCUUUAAUAGAAGCUCUAUAUCACUAGAAACUAUUGUACUACGUGUAGGUACUAUCAAAGGCACUUUAAUUAUGUUAGAUUUAUGCACAAUUUUGAAUGUAUUUGGAUGUAUAUAUCUAUAUAUGAUUCCUAGGUAUAGGUGGCUGCCAUAGCUGGUACACGUACAAACGCGCCUCCGAAGAAAGAGAUUAUGCUUUUUGACAAUAUGUGUGGUGUUCCGCAAAGAUUUAAGUGUGAUUAAAAAUCACGUUUUAUAGUUAUACCCAGUGCAUGUGAUAUGUAGUGAAUCUCCACAUUAAUUAGAUCAUGAUGGGGGUAUAGCGCUGACGUAUAAUCAUCAAUGAGCGUACGCUGCGAAUAACGUGCACUUUGGCAUUUACAUGUACGCAUGACCUUUAGUCACACUUACCAGUAAGUCUUUGUGAAAACCCUAUUUUGUAUGAUUAUGAUGAAAAUUAUCUUGAAACAUUCUUAUCAAUUAGCUAGUAAUUUACUGUUUUCUUCGUAAUAUAUUCUUUUCACUUGCAUGGCUGCAAGAACAAUUGCGUUGCAUUUGUCUGAAUACUCUGUAGGUUUGAGGGGGCGUCAUGGUCUGGUGGUUAUUCCUCCAUUUUGCAAUGAUGGAAGGAGUAGUUUGAAUGUCGACUUUACUAGAACAGUGGUCGACUGUACAGGGUACAUGUAUAUUGCAACUGUAAAAUCAGAAAUUAAAUGUUUAUUAAAGAGAAAAAUUUGAAGACACUACAUCAUUUUUAUAGGAUGUGCAAUUACAGUUCUGAACUGACAUCCGGAUCAGACUUUGUCAAGUAUUAUUGAGGCAUUGUACACAAUGGAAUCUAUUCCAUUGUACACAAUGAAAUAUUGAGGAAAAAUAUGAAAAUUGAUUUGAAUGAGGUUUGUUAGAGAAAACUGUGAUAGUCACUAAUGCUGAAUUUCAAGAAAUGCGUUCUGUGUUGAAUUAAAGGAUCAAUUAAAGAAUAUAUUCACAUCAUCAGUAUCUAUUCACAUCAGUACUUUGAUUUGAAAUAACAGUACAAAUAUGUAACAUCCUUAAGUUUUUCAACUCAAAUUGUUUAAUCGUCAUUUACAAUACAAGCUAUGGCAGUCACCCUUCAACUAUAAAUGCAGUGUAUUUGUUUGUAUAUAUUGAUAUUGGUCAUAACUUUUUCUUUUUUUUUACAUGCCGUGACUUUUGAUUCAAACUCUCAGUGUUGGCCCAAAUAAAUUUGAGAUGGUACAGAGCCGUUAGCUCGGAACUCAGUGGUAGAUUGGAUUGGAUUGUUGUAGGACCUGGUCUUGCUUGGAUUAGUGUCAGACCUGGUCUUGAUUAGAUUGAUGGUGGACCAAGUCUUGCAUAGGAACAUGUUGGAUCUGGUCUUGCUUGGAUUGAGUUUAGACCUGGUCUUGCGUGGGAUCAUGUUGGAUCUGGUCUUGCUUGGAUUGAGUUUAGACCUGGUCUUGCGUGGGAUCAUGUUGGAUCUGGUCUCACUUUAUGUUUGACCUGGACUCACUUGUGUUCAAGUUGGACCUGGUCUUGCAUGGAAUCAUGCUGGAUUUGGUCUCACUUAUAUUCAUGUUGGACCUGGUCUUGCUUGAAAUCAUGUUAGAUCUGGUCUUACUUAAAAUCAGUAUGGAUCUGGUCGUUGUUGGAUCGAUGUUACAUUCAGAGUGUAUACAGAAUACUGGAACGGCUUCUGCUGCAUGGUAGGACUUUCAAACCAAUCAGGCCUCCGCGUCACAUAUCCAACGGAAUCCAAUCAAAUCCGCAAGAAAAUAUACUGAAUUUCUAGUCUGUCCAAUGGUCUAGCCCAUUUUUCACUUAAAAUCUGUAACGUCGGACAGCAUACAUGUUUUCAUGCCCUGUUUAUAAUUGCCCAACUGCAUGUACAUAUACAUCAGGGUUCUUGGUGAUUAAGUAUAGACGACAGUACGGUCAAGUGUAUAAUCAUGUUGAAAGUGGUUCUUGGGCCGUGAUUUGGUUAUGUGAUGCAGGCUUUGCUAAUCUUACAUUGCCAGUUUGGUUUAACAUCAAUCCAACAAACCCUAGGUAUGUUUGUGAAUGAAUGUCAUGGGAUGAAAGGUUGAUGAUCGAUAUGGCAGCAAUCACGUAUGGUCCGAUUUUUACUUGAUAUGAAUAAAAUGAAAUUAAUCUCCCCUA